GAGAACAUGGGUAAUUUAUUCUGCUGUGUACAAGUUGAUCAGUCCACAGUAGCUAUAAGGGAGAGAUUUGGAAAGUUUGUGGAAGUUCUUGAGCCAGGAUGUCAUUACCUGCCUUGGUUUCUUGGGCAUCAGGUUGCUGGCCAUCUCUCUCUUCGUUUGCAGCAAUUGGACGUGCGCUGCGAGACCAAGACAAAGGACAACGUAUUUGUUAAUGUCGUUGCAUCUAUUCAAUAUCGUGCUCUAGCAAACAAAGCAGAUGAUGCUUUCUACAAACUCAGCAACACAAGGUCUCAAAUCCAGGCCUAUGUCUUUGAUGUGAUUAGAGCUAGUGUUCCAAAGCUGAAUCUGGAUGCUGCUUUUGAGCAAAAGAAUGAAAUUGCAAAAGCGGUGGAAGAUGAGCUCGAAAAAGCUAUGUCUGCUUAUGGUUAUGAGAUUGUACAAACGCUCAUUGUUGACAUAGAACCAGAUGACCAUGUGAAACGGGCAAUGAAUGAAAUCAAUGCUGCUGCAAGAAUGAGGGUGGCAGCUAAUGAAAAGGCAGAAGCUGAGAAGAUUUUGCAAAUUAAACGAGCUGAGGGUGAGGCUGAGUCAAAGUAUCUCAGCGGGCUGGGUAUAGCUCGCCAGCGUCAAGCGAUUGUAGAUGGUUUGAGAGAUAGUGUGCUGGGGUUUUCCGUCAAUGUUCCAGGGACGACCUCAAAGGAUGUCAUGGACAUGGUCCUUGUCACACAGUAUUUUGACACCAUGAAGGAAAUUGGCGCUGCCUCUAAAUCCUCUGCCGUGUUUAUUCCCCAUGGACCUGGUGCUGUACGCGAUGUUGCUUCUCAGAUUCGUGAUGGACUUCUUCAGGGUUCUCACCAGUAGAAGGGUUCUUCUACAAGCUUUUUGUUGCUCAUCUGCAGGAACUUCUUUUGGGUCAUUGCGGCGUGCUUUAUUUGUUUUUAGUUUUCUUUUUG